CGCCACUGCAGUUCGCAGCCCCUUCGCCUCCGCCCGCCUCGCCCGCUCCCGAUUUGCCUUAAACUCCCUAAAAUCUCCGCAGCCCUGGUUCCUGCUGCGGCCGGACUUGAAUCUGCGGCUGUCUACUUGUGAGGUCUCUAAUUAAUAGAAGAUGGCAAAGCCUAGCCACAGCAGCUACGUCCUUCAGCAGCUAAACAACCAAAGAGAAUGGGGUUUUCUCUGUGACUGUUGUAUUGCAAUUGAUGACAUUUACUUUCAAGCACACAAGGCAGUUCUAGCUGCCUGUAGCUCCUAUUUUAGGAUGUUUUUCAUGAACCAUCAGCAUAGUACUGCACAACUGAAUCUCAGCAACAUGAAAAUCAGUGCCGAGUGUUUUGAUCUCAUCUUGCAGUUCAUGUAUUUAGGAAAAAUUAUGACUGCUCCCUCCAGUUUUGAGCAGUUCAAAGUGGCAAUGAAUUACCUACAGCUAUACAAUGUUCCUGACUGCUUAGAAGACAUACAGGAUGCAGAUUGUUCUAGUUCAAAAUGUUCAUCUUCUGCUUCCAGCAAGCAGAACAGUAAGAUGAUAUUUGGGGUAAGAAUGUAUGAAGACACUGUGGCUAGAAAUGGCAAUGAAACCAACAGGUGGUGUGCAGAACCAAGUUCAACAGUAAAUACACCGCAUAAUAGAGAGCCUGAUGAAGAAUCUCUACAACUAGGUAAUUUUCCUGAACCGCUGUUUGAUGUAUGUAAAAAAAGUUCGGUGUCCAAAUUAUCUACUCCAAAAGAACGUGUGUCACGACGCUUUGGACGGAGUUUCACCUGUGACAGUUGUGGAUUUGGCUUCAGCUGUGAAAAAUUAUUAGAUGAGCAUGUGCUGACCUGUACUAACAGACAUUCAUACCAAAACACAAGAUCCUACCACCGGACAGUAGAUAUUAGAGAUGGAAAAGACAGUAGUAUCAAAGCAGAAUUUGGAGAAAAGGAUUCUUCUAAAGCAUUUUCUGCCCAGAUAGAGAAGUAUAGAGGAGACCCAAGCCACACUGCUGAUGAUUCAGCUUCAACCACUGGAAGCAGAAAAAGUAGCACAGUGGAGUCUGAAAUAGCCAGUGAAGAAAAAAGCAGAGCUGCUGAGAGGAAAAGAAUCAUUAUCAAGAUGGAGCCCGAGGACAUUCCUACAGAUGAACUGAAAGACUAUAACAUUAUUAAAGUGACUGAUAAAGACUGCAAUGAAUCCACUGACAAUGACGAGUUAGAGGAUGAGCCUGAAGAACAAUUUUAUAGAUACUAUGUUGAAGAAGAUGUCAGCAUUAAAAAGAGCGGUAGGAAAACUCUCAAACCUCGGAUGUCAAUAAGUGUUGAUGAAAGAGGUGGUUUAGAAAAUAUGAGGCCUCCUAACAAUAGCAGUCCAGUGCAAGAGGACACUGAGAAUGCAUCUUGUGAGCUGUGUGGACUCACAAUAACUGAGGAGGACCUGUCAUCUCAUUACUUAGCCAAGCACAUAGAAAAUAUCUGUGCGUGUGGGAAGUGUGGACAGAUACUUGUCAAGGGCAGACAGCUCCAGGAACGCCAGAGAUGUGGCGAGCCUCAAGAUCUGACAAUGAACGGGUUAGGAAAUGCUGAGGAGAAAAUGGACAUGGAAGAGAAUCCUGAUGAUCAGUCAGAAAUAAGAGAUAUGUUUGUGGAAAUGUUGGAUGAUUUUAGAGACAGUCAUUACCAGAUAAGCAGUAUCCAAAAAAAGCAGUUAUUUAAACAUUCUGCCUGUCCUUUUCGAUGUCCUAAUUGUGGCCAGCGUUUCGAAACUGAAAACCUAGUGGUUGAACAUAUGUCUAGCUGCCUAGAUCAAGAUAUGUUUAAGAGUGCCAUCAUGGAAGAAAAUGAAAGAGAUCACAGACGAAAACAUUUUUGUAAUCUGUGUGGGAAAGGAUUUUACCAGCGGUGUCAUUUAAGAGAACACUAUACUGUUCAUACUAAGGAGAAACAGUUUGUUUGUCAGACAUGUGGAAAGCAGUUUUUAAGAGAGCGUCAGUUACGUCUGCACAAUGAUAUGCACAAAGGCAUGGCCAGUGGUGAAAUAGGGCCUUCUAAACCUCUGGAGAAGUGACAGAUCUGAAUUUGGAGAGGACAUGGGGAAGAAUCAAUCUUCAACAGAUAAUCUUUAAGUGCAGACCCAGGACUAUCAGAUCUGAAGUGGCACCAUCUUUUCUGUCUUCCUGACAAACUUCAUCAACCCUAAAAGUUCCAGUUGCAAAGAUCCAAGAAAAUUCAAUAAAAAUCACUUUGGUGUAACAAAACUGAUUCACAGUGACUCUCAUAGUAUUUGUGGACAAUCUGCUAAAAUCAAGUAACUGUAAAAUUCAUAUGACAUCAGUGGUUAAAGCUACUCUAAAAUUAAACUUUAUAUGCUAAUUAUCUUCAAGGUCCCUUUUAAAAUAAAGGGCUUGCCAGGCUACUGUAAAUAUAAAGAGAGAUAAUCACAUACCUCUAUAAAUGCAUAUAUAAUUCUAAACUUAAAAUAACCAGAAUUAUAGCUUACGUAUUAUGAAGUGUAGUUAGACAAUUUAAAAAGCUAUGACCUGAAAUCUUUAGUUGAGAGUAUAAAUAAAAAGUUGGUACAGAAAAACUUUAAGGUGAAUGUUGUAUCAAGAUAAUCUAGUUAUUGCUGUAAUAUACCACUUGCCCUCCUUUUUCACUAACUAUGCUGUUACAUAGUUGAUUGUUAAUAAUAAUGAAGCCUCAUUUAAAGUCUGUUAACUUGAAAAAUGGGUAGCAUUAUUUUGACAGUGGUAGAUUUUCACAAAUCACAGACGUUAUUUUUCAGCUUAGCAAUAUAACCUAAUAAGGCAGAAUUAACAUUUGUUCUUCAUAGUAAUGCAUAAUGCCAUGCCUCUCAGCUUCAAAUAUCAAGAUAAAAUUCAGCUAAGUGCUGCAUGAAACGAUUAACAUGUUUUUAAAAACCUGUCAUGGAGAAAUAAAAUAUUUGUUUAAAUGGGCUACAAAUGCUUUGCUACACACACACACACACACACAUUUCUUAACCAUAUGAAUCUUAAGGCCAUGUUUCCUUAUUGUGAAUAUACUCAUAGUUUUACUUUUGGUUACCUGUAUCCAAUUCCUUAUGAUUAUUUUGGGGGUUUUGUGCAAUGUCAAAAUAUUACAUUUUUAGAAAUGUUUAUUUUUAUGCCUGUUUCUUCAAAUGUUUUAGUAAAGAGUUACACAAAGAGAUCUAUAGUUAAUAGUAUACAGGGAAGUUGAGUCACAAAUCCUAACUGUGAGGUAGGGUGAUAACUUAAACAUUCAUUCUAAUAACUAAACUAGCUAAAAAUCAGACCAAGUGCAUUACAAUGGGGGUAGUAGGUACAGGGGGGAAAGGAAGAAAAAUUUACCAAAAAGUUCAAAUACAUAUGAAACUGCUUUAAGAGAAU